CUUAAUAAGAAGCAGGACCACAAAUAUAUUUGAAGAUGACGAAACUCUGAAUCAGUCUCGUGUCGUACUGACUCACUGCCUUCGGGUGUGCUGAUCUUUGUGUUUUUAUUUCAAUGUACACUGGCCUAACAGUUUUUUUUACAUGAAGAAAGGAGCGUUGGAGCUUUGAAGCAGGCUAACCAGUAACAGGUGGAUUCGUUUUUCCAGAAAGAGAUUUCGGUUUCCCAGAAGGAGGUAGACGAUCUACUUUUGGUUUCGUUAUCACCUAAUGCAUAUCACCUGAUGCACAACGUGGAGAGCAUCCAUUGAACAAAGCUGAGCAGCGAUGGCGGACAGUGGAAAUGGCGACGCUUGGUAUGCGCAUGGUGUGAGCGCUCCCAACUGUUGGUUACCUCCCUCUAACGAUGAUUCUGUUUGGUGUGGACCAGAGGACAAGGAGUUGAAGCGAUUUUACGAUGACAACGUCAACAUUAGGGGUGCAAGUUUCCAAGGUGUACAAGUGCAAAUUGAUCAGCUGCUGAAGAGUUUAUACACAGAGCUUAAGCGUGCUGAAUCGACGCAUCCCUUUCUGAGACUAAAGCCAUUUCUUAAACAAGGUGGCUCCAGGGAAGGUCUGAAGGUCGGGGCAGCUAACGAGUUUGAUGCAUUGCUGCCUUUUACCUUCGACGGCAUCACUGCGAAGGUGAUAGAGACUCCCGAGAACAAUCUGCCUCCGGGUUUAGCAGAAAUAUGUAUCAAGAAAAUAAGUAAUAAAGUGGCCAUCCGACCGGUAGAGUUGUUUGUAGGGAGAGAUGGUGAGAGGUAUGUCAGCUCACAGGUUUUCCAUGACAAACUCUUCAAGGGUUUGAUCGACACAGCAGUACAGAAGUUCAACCAAGACCCUUCCUUGAGUUCCUUCAAUAUUAGGAGACAGGCCAGCGCACCGGCGAUCAAACUAGAUGUCAUCAUAAAUGGGCAGAUGGUCAGCAUCGAUGUCGUUCCAGGCUUCGAGAUAUCUGCCAUCUCCUCCUCAUUAAGGAAGUUUGUGGUGACUCGGUGGAUUCCAAGCUCUAAAAACGUCACUCGGACUGUCCGUAUUCAGGAUCCCGCUACGGUUUGGCGUGUGUCCCAUUCGCAUUUUGAAAUGCAUAUUUUUGAUAAAUGGGGCGUCGAAAAUGUUACUGGCAAACGUCUUGUCCGAGCUGCACGAAUCCUAAAAGGUCUUCGCGUCGAGGAUAAAGACCGGAAUUGUAGCUCACAGCUUCACCAUGUCCUUACGUCUUACCACAUCAAGAACGUCUUGCUCCACAGCCUGCUGUGUCUGACCAAGGUCAAUGCCGUGUCGUUGUCAAGUGUCUCGGAGGCUCUCGGCUAUCUGGUCUUCAUGCUAAAGAGCGCUUUGACCAGAAGUAAAUUACCACAAUUUUUCUCUUUCAAUCCAAGCCUUGGUUCCUUUUUCCCAGAUUACGCAUUUCACAUCAGGAGUACUCCCGUGGUGAACUUGUUUGAGGAGCGCUCUGAUGGGGAGAUACAACAGGUACGGGCUGAUCUUACAAAGGCUCUGAAGCACUUCAACCUUCAACAACUGCUGGACAAGACCCAACACGUGGACACAUGCGCUAUCAAGCCUUUUCUUGAUAAUGUUGAAGCCUGAACGUUUGUACUCGGUCGCCUUUAAGACCGGCGGAUGUUCAUGAUUUUAUUCUGAUCGACUUACUGUAGCUAUAAUUUAGCGUUGCAGUAAUUAUGUAUAUACUAAUAUAUACUAUAGACCGUGUUCAUAUGUCUUUAGCUAUUGCGAGGGCAUUAAGUCCUGAACAAAAAUCGAAUACAGAUGUUCCCGAUGUUGUGAAAAUACGUAAUAUAGCUAUGCACUUGUGACAGAAAAAUUGUCGGUGUUGUGAAAAUACGUAACAUAGCUACAACUGUAUGCACUUGUGACAGAAAAUCGUCGGUGUUGUGAAAAUACGUGACAUAGCUAUGCACCUGUGACAGAAAAUCGUCGGUGUUGUGAAAAUACGUAAUAAAGCUAUACACUUGUGACAGAAAAUUGUCAGUCUAGUGAAAAUACGUUAUAUAGCUACAACUGUAUGCACUUGUGACAGAAAAUCGUCGGUGUUGUGAAAAUACGUGACAUAGCUAUGCACCUGUGACAGAAAAUCGUCGGUGUUGUGAAAAAACGUAAUAUAGCUAUGCACUUGUGACAGAAAAUCGUCGGUGUUGUGAAAACACGUAAUAAAGCUACAACUGUAUGCACUUGUGACAGAAAAUCGUCGGUGUUGUGAAAAUACGUAAUAUAGCUACAACUGCAUUCACUUGUGAC